GAGAGGCCAGAGCACACUCAUCCAACAAUUUCAUAUUCGAUCAACUCUUCUUUUUCUCUUACAAUUAUAAUCAAGUUCUAACACGAAAAAUGGCUGAGGCACUCAUCUCUGUGCUUCUGGAGCAAUUGGCUUCAGUAGUAUAUCAACACACAAAUGAAGCGGUGAAACUGGUUUUGAAUGCUGACAAAGAUGUUAAAAGUUUCAGCAGCAAGCUCAAAGCCAUCCAGGCUGUGCUUGAGGAUGCCGAGAAGAAACAAGUGACAGAGGCCAGCGUGGGCGACUGGUUGCAGAAGCUCAAAGAUGUGUCGUACGAGAUGGACGACGUGCUAGAUGAGUGGAACACUGAACUUCUCAGACAACAAGCGGAGGAGAAGCAAGAGGUGGAAGGAGAUAAUGCUCUUGUUACCAAGAAGAAGGUACGUUUCCCCACGUCCUCCGGUUGCUUUUGUUUUGGUCAAGUCAAUAAGGUCAUUCAUCAUCAUAACAUAGCUAGAAGGAUAAAGGAACUGAAUGAGAAGUUAACUUUGAUUGCUGCUGAAAGAGAAAUGUAUGGCUUUCAUCAAUCCACAAUAGGUGGCCAUCAUGAGCAGUUUAUUCAACGACAGACUUCAUCUUUGGUCGAUGUAUCUACGAUAUUUGGCCGAGAAGAAGAAGAAGAGUAUUUGUUGAGCAAGUUGUUGAGAGAGAGUAAUCAAGAUGGGGGGAUGUUCCUUGUCAUCCCUAUUGUAGGGAUGGGAGGGAUGGGGAAAACUACUCUUGCCCAACUGGCCUAUAACAAUGAAAAGAUUACAGCCCAUUUCAACAAGAAAGUAUGGGUUUGUGUCUCAGACCCUUUUGAUGAGGUUAAGAUUGCGAAAGCGAUCAUUGAAAAUCUAGAUGGAACCCAAAGCAGUUCAAAUGAGUUGGAAAUUUUAUUGCAAUCUAUCAAGAGACAUGUUGAGGAUGAGAAGUUUCUUCUUGUACUAGAUGAUGUGUGGACGGAAGACCCUAAAAAGUGGGAAAAUUUGAAACUACCAAUUAUAAUGCAAAGUUGUGCUAAGGGCAGUACAAUACUGGUGACCACGCGAAAAGAAGGGGUUGCUAAAAUGAUGAGAGCAACCAAAAGCACAAUCCAUUUGGACAAGUUGAGCGAUAGGGAUUGUCUCGCAUUGUUCAAUAGCUUUGCAUUUUUGGAUAGGGAAGAAGAUGAGGCUAACGGGUUUGGAGCUAUUGGUGAGGAAAUUGUGAAAAAGUGUAAAGGUUUGCCUCUUGCCGCAAAGACUUUAGGCAGUCUAGUGUGGUAUAAGAAAACAAGAGAGGAAUGGCGGGAUGUUCUGAAUAGUAAGAUAUGGGAACUAGAAGAAGUUGAGGAACAAGUUUUCCGACCACUAUUACUAAGUUAUUAUGAUUUGGCCCCUGCAAUUAAAAGAUGCCUUUUGUAUUGUGCUAUAUUUCCUAAAGAUUAUGAGUUAAGAAAAGAAAAUUUGAUUGAGCUUUGGAUGUCACAAGGUUAUCUUAAUUCAAAGGGAAACAAAGAUAAGAGAAGAAUAGGUCAAUAUUAUUUUGAGAGUCUAGUAAUGCGGUCUUUCUUUCAAGAUUUUAGAAAAGAUAAGAGGGGACUUGUUAGGUGCAAAAUGCAUGAUAUUGUGCAUGACUUUGUGCAGUUUCUUACUAAAAAAGAGUGCAUUUUUAUAGAAGCAGUUGAGGGUGCUAAUCAAAGAAUGGAGCUACCGGGUGAUAAAGUUCGUCAUUUGACCCUAACAAGUGUACCCGAAGGUACACUUUCAUUUCCUACUUCAUUUGACAACUGCAAAAAUGUACGAACCCUCACACUCCUUGAUUCAAGCAUUACAACCAUAAGCCCGGGUUCAAUUAUGCAAAUGAAAUGCCUCAGGACAUUGAAUUUACGUCGUAACAAGCUCAAUGAAGUUCCAAAAGAGAUUGGUGAAUUGAUUCAUUUGAGAUAUAUGGAUCUGUCUUAUAAUCGUGAUUUCAAAGAAUUACCGGAUGCUGUGUGUGAUUUAUACACUCUACAAACUCUGGUCCUGGAGUUCUGUAAUAAACUAGAGAAACUACCCAAGGCAAUGGGAAAGUUGAUUAACUUGAAGCAUCUAUAUGUUGGGGGUUGUUCUAAGCUGAGGUACUUACCAAAAGGGAUUGGGAGUUUGAAAAGUCUGCAAGUACUGGACUGCUUUUAUGUAUGUGAGGGUGAUGAUGAAGCAUUGAAAUUAGGAGAUCUCGGAAUCAUGGACCAGCUCCAGGGGCGCCUUUGGAUACAAGGAUUGGGGAAAGAUGAUGCGAGAGAGAUUGAGAAAGCACAGUUGGGGAAUAAGGAGCACCUCUCUCAUUUGGGAAUAUGGUUCCCAAUUGAAUAUUGUCGAGAGCAGAGAAAAGGUGAUUCAGAAAUGGUGAAAGCAUUGCAACCACAUCAAAAUUUGGAAUCUUUAUCCAUUUUGUGGUGCCAUGGCACCAUCGAUUCUCUCUAUUGGAUCAAGUCUUUACGCAAUUUGAGAAAACUUUAUCUCACUUACUGGAGAUUUUGUGAAGUUUUGCCUCCUCUUGGAAAAUUGCCAUCGCUUGAAAUUCUGGAGAUACAAGAUAUGGAAAAAGUGAAAAAGGUGGGAAUUGAAUUUGUGGGAAUAGAAGAAGAAGAAGAAGUCUCAGGAAUUCUUUUCCCCAAAUUGAAACAACUUUCUCUUCGUAGCAUGCCCAACUGGGAAGAGUGGGCCUUUCUUUCUGAAAUCACAAUAAUGCCAUGCCUUUCUGAGUUGCGAAUUGAUUGGUGCCCAAAGCUAAAAGCACUGCCAGAGUUCCUCUACAAGAUAACAGCACUGCGUACUUUGAUUAUCCUGGAUUGUCCAAUUCUGGAAGGAGAACACAAAAAAGGCGUCAACAUUUCUCACAUCCCAAACCUCACAAUCCAAUCUGGAUAGUGGAACUGAACAUGUAUCGAUCACCAAAUGCAAAAUUCUGAAUGAAUCUUUACUUUAGUAUUAAUUAUCUGAGCAUAAUCUAGUUUAUAGAUUACUACUCUAAUUUUAUAAUCUAGUUUAAAGGAAGCUUUCUCUGCAAUCUGUAUGUUAACAAUAAGCAGCCAGCAGGGAGCUCGGUAAUUGGUGUUUCUACAAAUGGACCGUUCAAAUGCUGCCAUCUCAAUUAUUGAAGCCUACUUGAAGGUAAAUACAAGGACUGAAAAAUCGAAAAAAUCGGCGAAAUUUCCGGCGAAAUUUCGUUUUUUUUUUUUUAGGCCCGAUUACCAUGACAAUUUCGGUCAAAAUUUUCGAUAUCUCUCGAUAUUUCCGAUAUUUCCCGAAAUUUUCGAUAUUUCCCGAUAUUUCCCCAUACAUUCCAAAA